AUGUUGUGCGGCGAACUCCUGAACGGUGGCUUCGUCAGUACCGGAGCGGUACCGGUGGUUCCCUACGGUCUCUUAGGAUUCUGGUUACCCGGCUGCCUACGUGCCACCAGUCCGACUUCGUUGAACUCGUCUUACCUGACCCUGUUGGCCGAACUUCUGGCCACGGGCCACCCGGAGCUUCGGGACGAGCUGAUGGACCUGGCGAAGAAGAACGAUCAGGCGCCCACCGACGGCGGUGUGGUCGACCUUGCCCUCGACUUGUACGCCGACGACAUGGACGAGAGCGUCUUCCUCGAGAACGGUCUGCUCUCGUUCGAGAACCCAAACUACCACUUGGAUCCGGCCCGGCUGGACGACGCGUUGAACAGCAACGGGAACGGCAGCUCCCUGUACGAUGAGCUCUAUCAGGAGUUAGUCAGCAGCGGUGGCCGUGGCGGCGAAGUGACCGGCGGCGGCGGCGACAGAAGCGGCGAAGUGACCGGCGGCGGCGGUGGCGGCGGCGGCGGUGGGGGUGGAACGAGGGCGCAGGCACGCAGAACAUACGCUACCCUGGAUCCCGGCAGCAUGGGGGUUGACGUCACUCAAGGUCCCCUCACCCGGGACACGGUGACGGAGGACGCGCCGGACAAUUCGGACAACCAUAACCUAGGGUACGGCAGCGAGGGUGGUGUUGCGGAGUCCGCUCUGGUCGACGACACCCUCAACGGAAAUCUUCGAUCAUCGUCGUCGGCGUCUUCCUCCUCGAAUCUGCCUCCCCUUCAGUCAGGAACCGCGGACGCGGUCGACGCUGCGAAUCUAUCCGGUUCGAGAAAUUACUGCGAGAAGCCAGAUAACGAGACUGUCGAGAUGGGCGGCGUUCCCCACGUCGAGGGUGGAUUGAACAGCGAGCUGUACGCGGUCCCCGUGAAACGAAGACAGCCCAAGGAUCAAAAGAACAAUGCCACUCAGCAGAACAAUGACCAGGAGAAGUCGUCCGAGGUGGACACCACGGAUUCCGAGGACAAAGACGAGAAUUUGCCGCCCGGCUGGCAGAAACACGAGGACGAAAAUGGCCCCUAUUAUUGGCACGUCAAAAGCGGCAAUAUACAAAGAGAGCCUCCGGAAGCACCGCCGACCUCGAAGAGGGAAUCCCGCAAGAAUCUCAUUAAGGACAACGACAGCAUAAACAAUUUCCACACUUCAAGCGGCAUGGUAAAUACCGUGACCCGUAGCAACACGAGUUCUUGUUUGUGCCAGGAGCUGGAGACCAAGAGAAGAGAAUUACUGCUCAAACGAAGGAGCUAUCCAGCAAGGGCAGACUCCGAGGGCAAAGACAAGCCGAUCAGAUUCGCAGUACGCUCUCUUGGAUGGACAGAGAUCGCCGAAGAGGACCUGACACCCGAGAGAAGCAGCAAGGCUGUCAAUAAAUGCAUUGUAGACCUGUCCCUUGGUAGAAACGAUCUUCUGGACGUGGUUGGUCGAUGGGGCGACGGCAAAGAUUUGUUCAUGGACUUGGACGAAGGCGCCUUGAAGUUGAUAGACCCAGAAAAUCUUACUGUUCUCAACACUCAACCGAUUCAUACAGUCAGGGUGUGGGGUGUUGGCAGAGACCACUGCCGCGAAAGGGACUUCGCAUACGUGGCAAGAGAUCGAUCAACACGGAAGCACAUGUGUCACGUGUUCCGCUGCGACAUACCGGCGCGCACGAUCGCGAACACGCUACGCGACAUCUGCAAGAAAAUCAUGAUCGAACGAUCGCAACACCAGAACCUUGCGAAGCCCGUGGACAUCAAUGGACGAACGAGCCUGGCCACGAGACCCACCAAUCUGCCUACAGAGCAUCGACGCUUCCAAAGAAAUGGUCAAGCACUAGUCACACAAUCCUUUCCAACGCCGAUGGAGGAGCCAAAGAAGGUGUUACAGGCGCAGUAUCUUGGAUCAGUACGAGUCUCUCAGGCCACAGGCAUGAAGGUUCUGAACGACGCGAUAGAUCAAACCGUAGCUAUGACACCUAUCAACGAGUGGCGAAACGUGAAAGUUGCCGUCGCGCCCAGCAUGAUCUCUAUCCUUACACCGAACGAGGAGAGUAUCACCGAGUGUCGAGUACGUUACUUGUCAUUCCUCGGCAUCGGUCGAAACGUGAAACAGUGCGCCUUCAUAAUGCACACCGCGCAAAAUCUCUUCUUCGCACACAUCUUCAACUGCGAGCCCAGCAGCGGGGCCCUUUGCAAAACCAUCGAGGCCGCCUGCAAGCUGAGGUACCAGAAAUGCUUAGACGCACACCCGCUGGGCUUCAAGCACGCCACCAAACUGAGCAAUCCGAAAGAAAGAAGACUGGGCAGCACUCUGCAGUCCCUGGUUGGCUCUCUGACUGGACGUAGAAAUAAGCAGGGAACUGUGGCCGCUGCCUGCUGAGCGAGAGGUGAUCCGACACAGACAUCUGCAGUCGCCCCUGACCUUGAAAUACUUUAGCGAAUCGCCGCCGAGCGCGACACCGAGGUCACUACUUUCGCCCUCUCCGGACAGCAUAUACUACUAAUACUACUUAUACUAAUUACCACAGCUAUAGUGGACUACGCUUACGUGUGUCGAUAUGAUGUUAUGUAUGUUAAACGCAGUGUCCGACAAAAAUGAAAAGAUAAAUAAUAUGAUCACGAGGUUGAACGGCGACCGACUCGUGUGGAACGACACCACGACGUUUUGGGUAGCUGGAGACACUCCUCGGGAUCGGGAGCAUCAUCUCACGUGGAGACUCACGCGCUCGUUCCACCCUUUGGCAGUCACCAGAAUAUCGAUGGUAGACCUUUGUAGCCAAGGGUGGAACUAUGAUCGACGCCACAAGGGAUACGGCGAUCAGGGAGCGGUGAAUCCCGGGAAGAUGGGACAAAUGAUAGCGAAGAGAUCGAAUCUGUAUAUACGGGAUGACAAUUAUCCCGGUGAACUUAGUUAAUUCGCUGGAUAUUCAACCGGGAAAGUCCGGGAGGAAUGAAAGGGGAACCGGUGUGCGAGUGUUACGGACUGACUGAAUAAAAAUGUAGUGUUCUAGCGUAUCCACGAGGCAUUCGAUGAUUAAACAGAGAUAAAACGGGCGAGAUGAAGUCAGAAGCUAUAGAGAGCUUAAAUGUACUUAACUUACAUGUGUAUUCUCGGGUGUACAGAUUAGAGAAGCGAGACGAGGAUGACCAGGCAUCACAACACGAACCUUCACACGUGAGACACGUAUUAUAGAGGAACACACCACGCAUAUAGGGACACCCACACGGCCGAAAAAACAACACGCGCGUACGGGCGCACACGUUAUAUACAAAGAAGAAGACACACAUACACGUACACAGGAACACACAGGCAGGUAAUAGGGAGUUUAUUUUUUAUGGCGAACUGUAGAAGAGCUUGGCACCUUGCGAACAAAAAUAAAGGCGACACGACGAAACUUUACCGCGACCGUCCUUUAAAUCCACGGGGAUGAAGAGGAGCCGAGACCGAACGAAGACGAAUCGGAGGUUAUGUACCGAUCAUGGACACGCAAUAAACACUAAUUAUCGUACGCACAAUCGCUGUGCAAUAAACGCUAUAAAGCCCGCCUGCACGCGAGCGAGCGAUCACCUUAGGAGCCGUUGCUUCACGGCGCAAAACGUUGACCCGUUGUCAUCGUUAACCGCCGAGCGAUCGUUAUCGCUGACCGCUGUCACGCUGAAGCCGCAAUGCCGCAAUCAGCAUUUCACGAUAAUAAAGUUUUCGUGAAACUAGACACCCACCGACUAUUGUCCACAGAGCUUAUUCAUUCUUGAUGGUGCACGUAUACAUGUACGUUGUCCU